AUGGGGGGAGAUGCAGAAUCUGCUUUUGCAGAGAUCCCUCAUUUGGCAUGUGUUGGUGUAUCCGUGCCAUCUGCGGCCGGCAGAGUUGUCGGUAUCCCCCGGUCGGUGCCUGUCCGCCACAGAAAGUCACAGAACCUGCUGAGAUGGAAGGACGGGGCUGUUUUCCCGGGGCCGGAGCAGGCCCGGCCGCCCCGGGCUAGGCAAGAGCUCCGCUCCGCGCCCGGCCCACAGCGACGGCGGCAGCAGCGCACUUGCACCGCGCGCGGGCGCUCGGCUCUGACGUCCCGCCCAUCCCGGCCUAUCCCGGGCCCGUCCCGGCCUCUCCUGGGGCUCACCCCGCCCAUCCCGGCCUAUCCCGGGCCCGUCCCGCCUGUCCUGGGGCUCAUCCCGCCCAUCCCCGCCUAUCCCGGGGCCGUCCCGGCCUAUCCUGGGGCCCGUCCCGCCCAUCCCCGCCUAUCCCGGGGCCCGUCCCGCCCAUCCCCGCCUAUCCCGGGGCCCGUCCCGCCUAUCGCGGGGCCCGUCCCGCCCAUCCCCGCCUAUCCCGGGGCCGUCCCGGCCUAUCCUGGGGCUCAUCCCGCCCAUCCCGGCCUACCCCGGCGUCCUAUCCCGGCCUAUCCCGGGCCCGUUCCGGCCUAUCCUGGGGCUCAUCCCGGCCUACCCCGGCGUCCUAUCCCGGUCUAUCCCGCCCGCUGCCCCGACGCUCGCCAUGGCCGUGCCCGUCGUACACAGCUCACUGAUGAAAAUGAGCAGUUAGUCAAGAAGGUGAAAAAACUACACAUAAAAAAUAAGGAGUUAGAAAGGAAUCUGGGUCAGAUCCAGGAACAACUGUAUCUGCAGCAGUUAAUGCAUGUCUGUGGCACAAGCAGAGAUGUUCAGGUUCAAACAGAAACCCAUUUAUGCCAUAAGGGUGGAGACAGGAGGGACCUGGUUCUAGAGAGUGACAGUGUCAGACUACUUCAGAUGUAUAAUGAGCUACAGAAGCGUUAUGUUAAAGAAACCAAAACAAACAAGGAGCAAAGAGAAGCCAUUAAAAAUCUCACUAUUAAAAUUAAUGAGCUAGAGCAUAAUCUUCAAGAGCAGAGGCAAAGAAUUGAGCAACUGGAAUGUAAAAAGGUUUCUUGGAAAACUAGUGCUGUUUCUAGAAAAAGAAGUCAAACCCCAGAGGGAGGAGUAGCUUCUCACAAGGACAUUUCUGCAGAGAAGGAAGCCUGUUGCAGUAGGUAUUUAGAGCUAUUGUUGAAGGAGAUUAAAAAGCUGAAGAAAGAAAAUGGAAAGUUGUCUGCAGAAAAGAGAGCACUAAAAAAUGAAUUAGCUGGAUUAGACAAGGAUUUUUUUGAAGAGGUAGAAGAUCUAAAACAUGCUGUACAGGAAUCUGUGAAACUCAACAAUGAGUAUGAAAAGUGCUUGAAACAAAUCAGUGUAAUGUAUGGACUUCCUUUUACUGCACAUUUGUAACUACUGGUUAAUUUAAUACCAGGUAGAGUUUCUGUAUAUUUUUUUAUAAUUAUUGCAACAUUUAAACCUACCAUUGCUUAAGUGGUACCAUAGUUUGAUAAUACAGAUUCAGUAAUGUGAUCUCAUUAUGACAAGUGCUUGGAAAUGUUGUAUUUCAUGACCUUGAUUUUGUUUGUUUGUAUAUAUAUUUAAAUAAACUGUGAUCUGCAUAACUUCA